AUGUUUCAACAGGCUAUGGAUAGUACUCUAACAGGGUUAGAAGGAACACACGUCUACAUUGAUGACAUCAUAGUCACAGGUUCCAACCGCCAAGAACAUGAUCUACGCCUACGUAAAACUUUUCAACGCCUCGAGGAAAGAGGUUGGAAAUUAAGACUCGAGAAAUGCAGUCUUGCGCUAGAGGAAAUCAAAUUCCUUGGCUUAAUUAUAAACGCAAAAGGCAUAUCGGCCGACCCGGAGGCCACCCGCGCCAUAGCAAACAUGCCUAAACCUACAAAUGUCGCUGAAACGCAAAGCUUACUUGGUCUAGUAAAUCACUACGGGAAAUUCAUCCCUCAUUUACACCAGAUCAAACAACCUUUGGAGGACCUGACCCGAAAAAACCGACCCUGGAUCUGGAAUCACCAGCAUGAUCUAGCGAUGGAACAGAUCAAGAAAACCAUGCUGAGUCCACUUCUUCUAGAACACUACGACCCGUCGAAAAUCCUCGUCGCAGUGGAUGCCUGUUCUACAGGAAUAGGAGGUGUUCUACUGCAGCGAGAUUCGAGUGGGCACGAACGAGCCGUGUACCACAUGUCGCAAAGUCUUACAGAUACGCAGCGAGGCUACUCUCAACUGGAAAAAGAGGCCCUAGCUCUCGUCACUACUAUCGAGCGUUUCCACAAAUUCCUGUGGGGACGAAGGUUCAUACUGUUGACGGAUCACAAACCGCUCGUCGCGCUUCUCCAGACUGAAAACACUAAGGGUUUGAAACCUACAACAGCCGCGCGACUCAAGAGAUGGGCCAUACGACUCCUAGGCUACGAUUUCCAGAUUGAAUACAUCCGGACAGAAGAUUUUGGACAAGCGGACGCACUGUCGCGUCUGAUAGACAAAUUUCGCCGAGAUAAUAUUGAUGAAAUCCAAGUAGCUACUAUUCGAACAGUGGAACUAGAAUUCCAACAGAUUAGGAACCUAUCAAUCGACUCUUUCGGGAAAAAUCUACGCGACAAACUAAAAACCGCAACCAAAGCGGACAAAGACCUCGUAACAGUCAUGAAAGCCAUUGCAAGUGGCUGGAAGACCGCCCCUGGAACGGAAAUCGUGGAGCACUAUAGAAAACGCCACGACAACCUUAGCACGGUGGACGAAACACUACUGCUCGGGGACAGAGUUAUCAUACCAAAGUCAAUGCAACCAGAAAUCUUAGCAGCUCUCCAUAAGGUUCAUCCAGGUAUCCGGAGAAUGAAACAGCUGGCUAGGGAAUAUGUCUAUUGGCCGAAAAUGUCCAAUGAUAUCGAACACCUUGUUCAACAAUGCAACGCUUGUGCGUUAACACGCAGGAUACCGUUACAGGUACCCCUCAGCCCAUGGCCUACUCCCAGGAGACCACUGGAACGCAUGCACAUCGACUUUGCUGGUCCAAUCGACGGCCAGUACCUUCUCAUCUUCGUGGACGCAUAUUCCAAGUUCCUCGAUGUGGCCAUCACACCUACAAUCUCCGCGAAUCGCACAGUUGAGCUGUGCCAUGAAACCUUUUCCAGAUACGGACCACCAGAAGUCUUGGUUAGUGACCAUGGCACUCAAUUCACUUCAGGAUUAUUCGCCAAUCUUUGCAAGGAUUUACAGAUCACCCACUUACUAUCUCCGGUCAACCACCCACAAUCUAAUGGUCAAGUCGAGAGGAUGGUUGACACAAUAAAAAGAGCUAUAACCAAGGACCCGACGAACUGGAAGAAAAUGCUGUACGAAUUCCUUUCACAGUUAUCGUUAUACGCCAUGUACAUCAGCACCAGGCCAAAAGUCACCGGCAGAACUGUUCUUUGGACGACAGAUGAACUCACCCUUCUCCAAACUGUUGCCCAAAACCGAGGAAGAAGAGACCGUCUCGUAUGA